CAUCGCGUUGAGCGCAGUAUUUGUUUUGUCGGUGGAAGUUGCGCGUCGAUCGACGUUGUUCUCAUGCGCGCGCGCGCGCGCGUACACCAGCUACGGUUCUGUCCGUGAAGUCGAGCGAGCCGAUCAGAUUUCGAGAAGCCGUGCGUCCACGAGGAACCCUCUCGCCGUGUCCGUAUCACGCCGUUGGAACGAAGACUCGUGGUGUCACGCGAGACGCGGCGCCCGUCCCCCCUCUCACGGCCGCCCGCCGUCGACGGCCCCGUGCCCCUCCCUCCCCCCUACCACCCCCCUCAGGGGGGGGGGCCACGGCCCGUGCCCGACUGGGUGUUGGGUGUCAGUCCAGUCAGUCGCACUCUCGCCUCUCGCGCACGCGGGGGGACCCGACCCACGGUAAGCUUUAAGCCCGAGAACGCCGCGCCACCAGCGCCGACAGCAGUAGCACCAUGGCGUGCGCCACGCUCAAGAGGUCCUUGGAGUUCGACCCGGUGCACAGCCACGGCCGGCCCAGCAAGCGACGGAGGUGCAUGCCGAUGUCGUGCGCGUCGCCGGGCGCGUCCGCGUCGUCGCCGCGCGGCGGCCCGCUGCCGCAGAAACCGUCGCCGUUCGGCGAGAUAGCCAGCAAAUUGACGCCUGAAAAGAUGGCAGCCAACAUCAGAGAAGAAAUCCGCAGAUUGCAGCGACGUAAACAAUUGCACUUUCAUCCCCAGACCAACAGUGGCGAUUCAUCGGACAUGGAGGGACCUUCCAGUCCUUCUGGCCCAUCUGGCUCUUCUUUAACUCUUUUUAGUCAUAACACUAGCGGAAAGGAAAAACCACUUUUCACAUUUAGACAGGUAGAAUCUUUUAAUCAUUUACAUCUUUUAAUUAAGAAAUAUGCGAAUCUACUUUCUUACGUUUACGUUGGGAUUAUUGUAUUAGAG